AUGCCGUUUGGCCAGCUGGUGAUAGGCCCCCCCGGCAGCGGGAAGACGACUUACUGCAACGGCGUCCAACAAUAUAUGGAGCUGACGGGUCGCAAGGUCGCCAUCGUCAACCUGGACCCCGCCAACGACGCUGUGCCGUACGCAGCCGCCGUGGACGUGUCGGAGCUCGUGGACCUGGAGAGCGUGCAGGAGCAGAUGCAAUUGGGCCCAAAUGGAGGUCUGGUGUAUUGCAUCGACUUUUUGCUAAAGAAUAUUGACUGGCUGGGGACAAAGCUGAAACCACUUGAGAAAGAGGACUGCUACUUUUUGUUCGACUGCCCUGGACAAGUUGAGUUGUUCACGCUGCACGAGAGCUUGAGGGGCAUUGUCCGGCACUUGACUGGAAAGUCGCACUACAGGCUGGCAGCUGUGCACCUGGUGGACGCACACCUAUGCAGCGACCCACACAAGUACAUUAGUGCAGUGUUGUUGUCUCUCAGCGCGAUGCUGCACCUUGAAUUGCCGCAUGUCAAUGUCCUAUCAAAAAUGGACCUCAUCAAACAAUAUGGCGACCUAGCUUUCCAGCUCGACUACUAUUUAGAAGCGCAGGACUUAUCGAUGGUUCUCCAGACGAUGACUGGCAAUGCGGCAUUCUCUGAACGUUUUAAAUCGCUGAGUUCGGCCAUUAGUGAGGUGGUGGACGAAUUCGGCCUUGUGGGCUUCACCCCGUUGGCCAUUGAGGACAAGGAGAGCGUCUCAAAUCUGAUCAACAUUGUGGACAAGGCCAAUGGUUUCCUGUACUCUGGGACGAUGGGUCGAUCACCUUACCCCGCCGAAUUGAAGCUAGGCGCCCAGACUUUGGCAAGCGGCCAGGACUUGCGGCGUGCGCACCAAGAAAAAUACGUUGAGGGGGAUGUGGAGGAGAGACACACACGGGAAGACGAGAUUUGA